AUGAACCCCCGCAUAGAGGAAGUCAGCGAGUCUGACAGCGACCCCUCCGAGAUGGACAUUGACGACAUGAACGAGCUACUGGCUGCACGAAAGGUCGACGAGAUCAUUACGGCGAGAAAUGUCCCUGCGUCCGCCCUCCACCAGGACCGCCAGGAGAUGCUGCAGCCCCAAGGGCCCAACGUCAAAACUUCGACAGACCGCGAAAAGUCCAAGCACUACCAGUGCCUGUAUCCGGUGUACUUUGACAAGUCGAAGUCAAGGGCAGAGGGGCGACGUGUUGGCCAGGAGCUUGCAGUAGAGAACCCCUUGGCCCGCGAAAUGGCCGACGCUGCUGCAAACCUGGGACUGAGCACCGUCUUUGAGCCUGAUAAGACACACCCCAAGGACUGGGCAAACCCUGGACGAGUCCGAGUCUUGCUGAAGAAGGACGGCCAGCUGAUCGACAAGGACGUCAACAACAAGCACCAUCUCUACAUCCUCAUUGCGCAAUACCUUAAGCAACACCCUACACAGCGAAACACGCCCUUCAGGCUACCUAUCCACGGUAUGCCCAUACCGAAGGAGAUGCCAGAGCCUGCAGUCCCCCACGGAUGGAAGCUGAACAAGAUUCUGCCGCUCCACUCACCCGCCAUCACAGGAGGCGGUGUCUCGGAGAACUUCCUACAGGAUAUGAUGGCAGAGAUGCAAGGCCAGAUUGGAGGAGGCGAGAGCGGCGCAAGCAGCGGUACAGAAAGCAAGAAGAAGAAGGACAAAAAGAAGAAGUGA